UAUGCGCAUUUAAAUUUACGUGUUCGGGUUUCUCCAAAUCUAGUCAGUCCUAGGACACUCUAGGAUUGACUGUUUCGUGUGUAAUUUAGUGCGCAACUAAUUUCACGCAAUUCUGAAACGUUAUAAAAUUGGUAAGCGGAACAAAGCUAAUAAUAUAUUUUUGAAGAACCUGGACAGACCUUGAACAUUACUUGUAAUUUAGUGAACAGUGAUACAGGUUAUGUUAUUAUUUUUUACCUCAACAAUUUACAAAAUUUAACAUUUAACGUCGGUGCAAUGGGAAAAACCAUUUUAUACUCAUUCUGGAAAAGUUCCUCUGCGUGGAGGGUUCGUAUUGCUUUGAAUUUGAAAGAAAUUCCUUACGAAAUAAUACCCGUGUCUCUGGUUAGAGAUGGCGGUGAACAACACGAAGAAAAUUUCAAGAAAAUUAACCCUAUGGAACAGGUUCCAGCAUUGCACAUAGAUGAAGUUACUCUGGUGGAAUCGUUAAACAUUAUGCAUUAUUUGGAAGAAACAAGACCACAAAAACCAAUAAUGCCUAAAGAUAUCAUACAAAGAGCCAAGAACUUGCUGCCUCUGCCAGCUGGUGCUAGUGCAGCUCUGGUGAAACCAACGAAAUACCAUUACUACCCUCACAAUCAACAUAUAUAUUUGCUACCGGAAUGUGCAAUACAACAGGUCUGUAAUGCAGUAUAUAUAAGACUUAACUGGACCCAGCCCUUAUGCGCCUGCCCUUCUAGAUACAGGGAUCCCUGUUCAGCCUCUCUGAACGCAGAUGAUCAGCAUACAACCGAGCUGAUGACUGACAAAAAUGCAAGGCGAGCUCUAACCUUGGUAAAAACCUGCGAGCCUACAGCUGAAAUGAGACUGUGUAGGUCACCAAGGGAUUGGUCACUUUUAGCAUUACAGAACAUACGUAGCGGGAAAUCACACUAUCUAGUUAUUUGUAGAUGUCCAGAGACAAGUAUACUGGAGGGUCCCAUGUCACAUGAUCAACCUACAUACGCCAGUGUUCCAGGAAUAAGGGUCUACGGAAUGAUGUGCGUAGAUGGGAGAAGGGACAGGCAAUCCAGGAUAUCCAGAGAGCUAGGCGCGCCCCAAUUCCCAUGGGACAAGGCUAUCGAACUAGCAAGAACGGCUAUAUGGGAUUAGUUUAGUUAUUUAAUUGAAAUUGAUAUUAUGUACUGCCCGAUUAUUUUGGAAUUUUCGUGAUUCGUAUUAAUCAUAUUUAUUAUUAUUUAUAUGUAGUUGUAGCUUAGAAAUGAUUGUACUGGACAGUACAACAAAAACGAUUUAAAUGUAAACGACACUUCUUCCGAUGCGAAAUUUUAAUACUUUGCGAGAUACAUUACUACGAAAACGUUGAGUUGUUACAUUUUUCGACUUAGAACUCAAGAAAAGUCGAUUUUUCUGGCUUGUUCAACUGGUUCUCGGAUGGUUUGUCAUAAAAUUAAAGAAACCAGAAGAAGCCUGCCAUCUAGUAUACCAUAGCACAACUAUUUUCUUGCUUUUUGCAUAGAUGCUACUGUAUCACAUAUGAUACAUUUUCAUUUCUGGAAAAAUAAAAAUCCCAAUUUGUUUUACAAUGAAAUAUUGAUUGUACGAUUAUAUAUUAAUUUUUUUCCUCUUUGGCAUGCGGUUAUAAUGUAAAAGGAUAUAAUUGGCAUCAGCGCAUCCGAUCGGCCGUGUUUCGCGUAGAACUUAGAGAUAGGAGAGGACACGCCUAGGGCUCAAAAGAGGAUUGCGCCGUUGCCGCUAUGUCGCUCUCAAUGCAUAGAUAUACCAAACAGAAAAAAAAGUUUUGUUCUAUAUAUCAAAAAAUACAUAAGCUGAACAACGGGUCAUUUGAGGAAGUGUUGCGUUUCUCGAAUAAAAGAUAAUAGGAAAUGAUAGUACAAGAGCGUCGUUAUUUUUAAGUCAUUAUUUAAAAUUUUAGUUUAUUAGAAAAUUUGUAACUUAGUAACUACGUAAGUAACUUAUUUCAUUAAAUAUCCACGUAAUGCCAUCUUGGUAGAAUAAAAUAGGAAAAUUAUAAUACUGUAUUAGGAUUUAAGUGUAUGAAGAGUGAAAUAAAUAAAAAUACUGAAAUAAAAA